AUGAAACCAAAUGGUGAAAAAAUUACAUUAGCUGAAUCUGGUUGGAUUGUUCAAUAUUUGAUUGAAAACUAUGAUAAAAAUAACAAAUUUAAACCUGAAACUUUGCAAGAUGCUAAUCAAAUUGGUUACUUUUUACAUUAUUCAGAAGGUACCAUACAACCGAUGCUUGUUGGAUUAUUAGUUAAUCAUUUUGCUGUAACUACUGCCCCGUCCCAAUCAAAAGAAUUGGUUAAACAGAUGAUUGGACAAAUAAACAGAGGGUAUUAUGGAACAGAAUUACUUAAAAAUCUAAAAUAUUUGAACAAUAUUGUAAUUGAACAAAAAAAUAGAGGUUCAGAUUUUAUAGUUGGAAAUAAAUUAUCAGCUGCUGAUAUAAUGCUAUCAUUUCCAAUACUUGGAGCUUUUACAAGAGAUCAAAUGUCUGAUAAUUACACAAAUUUGAAAAAUGAUUAUCCUGACUUAUAUAAGUAUUUUCUUAAUUUAACAAAACUUGACGGUUGGAAAAAAGCAGCAGGAAAGGUUAAAGAUAUGGAAAAAGUAAUCAUUGAUGGUAAAUUAUAA